AUGUCACUACAAAAGCUUACUGCUGAAAUAUACAGUGUCUAUGAUAAACUGGACUAUCAAAAAUGUCAACAACUUUUAGCACCCAUCAAAAUUGAAUUGAUCAAACACAACUUGUUGGUGCCAUUAAGCUCAAACACCCAAACCGAGGACCAAAUCAACGACCUCAAAAUAGCCCAAAGGAUAUUAGAAAUAGGGGCAUUAUCAUCAUUGCUCACAAACAACUACUCUGGCUUUGAAAGCUACUUUGCUCAAUUGAAGCCAUUUUAUACCAAUGGCAAUAUUCACAAUUUAAACAAGCCGCACAUCAAUACUGACAGCACCAAAAUUAUAUCUUUGUUCUUGUUGUAUCUUUUAAGUCAGGGAUCUAUUUCAAAAUUCAAUGUUGAAUUGGAAAUGAUUUACAAUUCAAAGCAGUACGAUGUGGAACACGACAAAUACUUGAGUUUUCCAAUCGAUUUAGAAAGAAAUUUGAUGGAAGGAAAUUACAUAAAAAUUUGGAACUUGUUAAAAGAGGAAAAAACUUUACCUUGUAAAGAGUUUACCCACUUUGCUGAAACUUUAAUCAAUGCAUUGAGGUUUGAAAUUGCAAAAAGUUUGGAAAAGACGUAUGAUUCAAUUCCAAUUUCCAAUUGUAAAAGUUUGUUAUACUUGCCGCAAGAAUUGAGUGAUGCAACGUUUGAACAAACAUUAAAAGACUCAUUGGACUUGACAAAUUGGAAAUUCGACAAGGGGGUCAUUUAUUUCACCAAGGUUGAAAAUGAAGAGACUGUGGAUAACGAAUCAAUUAUUAAGAAUGUAUUGGGUUAUGCUGAACAAAUUGAAUCAAUUAUAUAG